AUUGAGAGCGGAGGAGGGGCGUUGCACAUGCUCACCGUCUCUAAAACCACACGCGGCUCCUACCAGUGAGUAUCUGUGACGCGGAUGAGGAUGCAAGCACAGAGGACAGCGAAAUAGCGAAAUGCCGUCAGCUGUGCGCUAACCAGCAGGCAUGCCGCCCUAGUUUCGUCUCAAUAUAGCUCUGACCCGAUACGGCGCAAAAUGGGUUAAAAGGAAUAUGGCCUGGAUCGCGCAAACUUUCAGACACUUUGCUUUUACAUGGGAUUGGGUCUCUUAGUGUUACGGAGCGGCCAAAUGAGGAGAGGAGACAAUACAGAAACGGAAAUUCGCAUCUAGUAUUUUUCUUGACUUUCCCCCACCCUAUUCUCUUUUUAAGACAUGAUUACAGAGUUGGUGUGUAGCGCGGUGGCAUUGGUCCUCUAUCUCAACACACUGAACGCGGAUUUCUGCUACGAUGACAGCCGUGCGAUCAAGACCAACCAGGACCUUCUCCCCGAGACCCCGUGGACCAACGUCCUGUAUGAUGACUUCUGGGGCACCCUGCUCACCCACAGCGGCAGCCACAAGUCUUUCCGACCCCUCUGCACCCUCUCUUUCCGCCUCAACCACGCCCUGGGCGGCCUGCGCCCCUGGGGCUACCACCUGGUCAACAUGGGCCUUCACGGGGCUGUCACAGGCCUUUUCACUGCCCUCUGUCGCCCCCUCCUGGGGGGAGGUCCGUGGAGUCUUCUGGUGGGACUCCUCUUCGCCUCCCACCCGGUGCAUACGGAAGCGGUGGCGGGGGUGGUGGGGAGGGCCGACGUCGGUGCUGCACUGCUGUUCCUCUUGUCUCUUCUCUGUUACACAAGGCACUGCGGGCUCCGCUCGGCCUACACGGCCUCAUCUAGGGACUGUCAGACCAGGGGUUGUGGUAGGCUCCGAGCCUGGACAUGGCUGUGGCUGCUGGGGAGCCUGGUCUGCGCAGCGUCCAGCAUGCUGUGGAAGGAGCAGGGAGUCACGGUGCUGGCCGUAUCAGCGGCUUAUGACCUCUUUGUGUUCCAGCGGCUCCGGUUCCGCCAGGCGGUGGUCGUGCUCCUGGGGAAGAAGAGGAACACCACUGUACUGCUGAGUCUGAGUGUGUUGGUCUCCUGGGGCGUGCUUCUCCUGGCUGCUCGUCUCUACUGGAUGGGUAACAAGCCCCCCAACUUCUCCAACUCAGACAACCCGGCAGCCGACUCGCCACACCUUCUCACGCGAACACUGACCUUCCUCUACCUGCCCGCCGCCAACGCCUGGCUCCUCCUAUGCCCUGUCCAGCUCAGCUUCGAUUGGUCCAUGGACGCUCUACCGCUAAUCAAGACCUUUUCUGAUUGGAGGAACCUUCACACUGUGGCCUUCUAUGCUGGAUUUACUCUCCUGGCCUGGUAUGGCCUCCGUAGCAGUAGCAGCCCCGACUCCAAGGCCAAGGAGACCAAUGGGAAAGCUCACUUGGCGAACGGGAAGGCCCUCACCAAUGGGCACAGCUACCAUCCUCCAGACGGCAACCACAACAACCACAACAUAAACUCAGAGCAGGGCUCUCCAAAGACCAAUGGGAAAACCACCCUCAACGGGAAUGGGUUCACCAAAACCUACCAAUGUUCCCCUCGGACCACCCGCCCCUCCCUCCCCUCCCUUGCCACCCUCCCCUCCACGGAGAACGUGGUGGUCUUCUCCCUGGGCCUACUCUCGCUGCCCUUCCUCCCGGCCACAAACCUCUUCUUCUAUGUGGGCUUUGUGGUGGCCGAGCGGCUGCUGUACAUACCCAGCAUGGGCUUCUGUCUGCUGGUGGCGGUGGGGAUCCGGGCCCUGUACGUCAGGCUGAGAACCAGGGGCCCCAGGGUCGUGCUGCUGGGUCUGUGCGCGGGUCUGGUGCUGCUGUACGGCAUCAAGACGGUGCUGAGGAACAGGGACUGGAGCAACGAGGAGAUGCUCUACAAGUCAGGGAUCAGUGUUAACCCCGCUAAAGCAUGGGGCAACUUGGGAAACGUCCUGAAGAACCAGGGCAAGAUGGCAGAGGCGGAGAGGGCGUACCGGAAUGCCCUGUAUUACCGGGGAAACAUGGCUGACAUGUUGUAUAAUCUGGGUUUGCUGCUUCAAGAGAACCACAGGUCCUCAGAGGCACUGCAUUACUAUAAGCUGGCCAUUGGGAGCAGGCCAACUCUGGCGUCGGCCUACUUGAACACGGGCAUCAUCCUGAUGAACCAGGGCGGUCUGGAGGAGGCCAAGAGGACCUUUGUAACCUGCGCUGAGAUCCCAGACGAGAACCUGAAGGACCCCCAUGCCCACAAGAGCUCCGUCACCAGCUGCCUGUACAACUUGGGCAAGCUGCUCCACGAGCAGGGCCUGCAGGAGGAGGCUCUGUCUGUCUAUAAAGAAGCGGUGCAGAAAAUGCCGAAGCAGUUUGCACCUCAGAGUCUCUACAACAUGAUGGGAGAGGCCUACAUGAGGCUGAAUAGGCUGGAGGAGGCGGGCCACUGGUACAGAGAGUCGCUCAGGGCCAAGCCAGACCACAUCCCCGCACACCUGACCUACGGGAAACUCCUGUCCAUCAUUGGGCAGAAGACUGAGGCAGAGGGUUACUACCAAAGAGCCAUUCAGCUGGACCCUUCCAAAGGAAACUGCUACAUGCAUUAUGGCCAGUUUCUGCUGGAGCAGUCUCGUCUGGCGGAGGCAGCAGCGAUGGCAGAGAGAGCUGCAGAUCUGGACAGCUCAGAGUUUGAUGUGGUCUUCAGCGCCGCUCACAUGCUCAGACAGGCCAGUCUAAACCAGGCAGCAGAGCGGCAUUAUGAGCGCGCGGCAAACCUCAGACCAGACUAUCCGGCGGCCUUGAUGAAUCUGGGUGCCAUCCUCCACCUGAAUGGGCGGCUACCUGAGGCGGAGACCAACUACCUGCAGGCGCUGCAGCUCAAGCCUGAUGACGUCAUCACCCAGUCCAACCUGCGCAAGCUGUGGAACAUCAUGGAGAGGCAGGGUCUGAGGACCACGCAGGGGCCUUGAACCCUCAAAGACACAGGAAACCAGGAAAUUGCCCCAAGUGAGGUCCCCUUAAUAGAGGUGAAGGACCUAAAAAGAUGCGGGAAACCCCAGGAAUGGAGCAAAUAGAGGCCAAGGGAUUGGUGUGCCUCAGUGAUGAAUACCGAGGCCAACCCAAUCUGUUUGAGAUCAGUAGUCUCAUUGGAACGGUAGUAAGGGAAGCGUAUAAACCUAGUGACUAGAGGCCUGAGGGUUUCUAGGCAGGAUAUGAUGACCUGAGCUGGAGCGAAGGACAGUCGAGUCACAUCAGGAUGGGAGAGGUUAGCUACACAAGUCAACACAGCAAGGAUGACAACCCUCGGUCACUCAGAGGCAGCCUUACUGAGGUCACAGUGCAAGGACUGGGAUAGUCCUCAUUAGACAACAAAAAACAUUCCCAAGACGAAAGCUGAGGGGUUACGUGAUGACUCGUAUCUCUGGGCCCAUUUUAAUUUAUUUACUUUAAUUGAAAAUUCUCCCUCCGAGACCUGUGUGUAUUCCAAAUCACUUAAUUUGAGUUAGGAUGUGACUACGGAACAGAAGUCAUAAUUCUACUCCAUUUGAUGAUAUCAUGAGGGCUUUGGGGGCCAAACAUUGUACAUACUGUUGGUGCACGAUAAACAACUUGGCCUGAAUAUUUGCGUCACAUACAGUAUAGUACGGACUGGGUUUAAAUACUGAUUGCACAUAAAGUUGCCCUGCGCUUAUCAUGACAGUAAUAAAUUCAAGAACUAUUUCCAGUCAAACCCAUAUUUUGAGUCAAAUGAGACAAAACUACAAAUUAUUCCAUCAAGGAUGCCAACAUAUCCAAGCACAACAUUUAUUCACGCCCAACAGUAGGUCUUUUUAGACGGUGCUAAAGGUGUACAUUGUCUCAUGUAUCAGGAUAUCCAGCAGACAAGGUCUUCCUGAUAUGUAUUUUAUUGUAAUAUAAUUAAGAAGUUUUAUUUCAGUUUUAUUUCAUUUCAUGUGAUCAGAAGAUUAUUAACUUAUUGAUUUGUGUUUACUGUCUGUGUCAACACCAACACUGUAAACACACACACACAAUCACACACAAACACACACACACACACACACACACAUUCUACAGAAACAACCAGUGGAGUUGUUAAGCAAUGUGUCCCUGCUCAGGGAUGUCAGGUGGUGUGCUACUGUCAACCAGGCUCUCCUAGCGGUGAAAGAGUUUACUAAUUGAUGGUAAGAGUGGAUUUUUUAAAAUAUGGUUGUGUUUGUUUAAAUGAUGGGGGAUUUGUAUAUUUUUGUCCUGUUCAUUACUAUAUAAUUCAUGUUAAUUAUGUUCCCUGUAUUCCACAAUAAAAAGACACCUUCAGACCUUGA